GCCACAUCUGUGUUCUCUGCCAGUCCCCCUGUCCUUGUUCCGAUUUAGGAAUGUGCAAUGGGAAGGCUGGCCCUGAGAGGGCUGGGUGGCCUACCAAAGGAAAAAUGCAGUUGCCCUUUCCUUUCCCAGUGUACAGGCUAAUACACUGCUGAGGUGGUACUGCAAACUUACUCGGGAGUAUUUUUGCUUUUUGGAAUUGAAACAGUAUCUCUUACAUGUAGCCCUCCCUGGCUGACCUGGAACUCUGAGGUCUCUCGCCUUUGUUGGGAUUAAAGGCGUUGAGCACCAUCAGACCCGGUUUUUGUUUCUUUAAGGUGCAUUCUCUCAUAGUCCAGCCUAGCCUGUCUACUCCUGCCUGUCUCCACCUUCCAAGGAAUUACAGGCAUGCACCACCUGAACCCACGUUUACUAAUAAAUAGGGAGUCUGCUGUCAGCGGCACCUUCCUAGAAGAUGUGCUCCCUCCUGGGCGUGUGCCUGGACGGAUUUGGACGGAGAUCCAACCACUGCCGGGCGUGUGGGGCACUCAUUCGUGAAGUCUCAACACUCGGAAGUGAAAGCAAGGAGAAUCAAGAAGUCAAGUCCAUACCUGGCAGCACAGCCAAGUUACAGGCCAGCGAUAGACAGGAGUCGGGGUUCCAAAGAGACCCAGCGGGGGAGGGGCGGCGAGUACACGUGGACGAUUCCUUUGACCCUUUAAUGGUCUUUCAAAGACCACCAAUCCGCCACCGAUUCGUUAGUUAAUGGCAGCUUUCUUCACCAAUCGGCUAUCCGAGAUGCGCUCCGCUGUCCAAUCGCGCCGCGUUACUGGGUGGCCUAGCAGUUGCGCAGUGGCAGAGCGCUCCGGGUUGUCCCAUUGGCUGGAUCAAACCCAAGCGAGCCUCUGAUUGGCUAACACAGCGGGAGGGUUGCAAUUCAAACGCGGGCGGCGGCCCGCAGCCCCGCAGUUGCCAUUUCGUCUCCACACUCCUGUCUUGUUGCCAGCAACUCCGGGAUGGCCUCGCAAAACCGCGACCCAGCUGCUGCCAGCGUUGCCGCCGUUCGAAAAGGAGCCGAGCCCUGCGGGGGCGCCGCCCGGGGCCCUGUGGGCAAGCGGCUACAGCAGGAGCUGAUGACCCUCAUGAUGUCUGGUGACAAAGGAAUUUCCGCCUUCCCUGAAUCAGACAACCUGUUCAAAUGGGUAGGGACCAUCCACGGAGCAGCCGGCACCGUCUAUGAAGACCUGAGGUAUAAACUCUCCCUAGAGUUCCCCAGUGGCUACCCUUACAACGCCCCCACAGUGAAGUUCCUCACCCCCUGCUACCACCCCAACGUGGACACCCAGGGCAACAUCUGCCUGGACAUCCUCAAGGAUAAGUGGUCUGCACUGUAUGACGUCAGGACCAUCUUGCUGUCUAUCCAGAGCCUGCUAGGAGAGCCCAACAUUGACAGCCCUUUGAAUACACAUGCUGCAGAGCUCUGGAAAAACCCCACAGCAUUUAAGAAGUACCUGCAAGAGACCUAUUCAAAGCAGGUCUCCACCCAAGAGCCCUGACGCAGCUGUCCAUCUUUCUUUUGUGUUGUCUUUUUCCUUAAACUGUCUGUCCUUCCUCCUUGAUUUCUAAGCUGUGUUGUUAUUUUUGUUUUGUUUGUUUUUUUUUUUAAAUUAAGUCUGCUUGUACCCUCACAAUGUAUAUUAAAUAAAUACACGUCGAUUGUUUUUGUAUAAA